AUGAUGGAAUAUAAGCUCGCGAUGGUGGGUGCUGCGGGUGUGGGGAAGAGUGCCCUGACCAUCCAGUUCAUCAAGAACCACUUCGUGGAAGAGUAUUACCCCACCAUCGAGGAUUCCUACCAGAAGCAAGUGGUCAUUGAUGGAGAGCCAUGUCUGCUGGACAUUCUGGACACGAUUGGCGAGGAGGAGUACAGCUUCAUGCGGGACCAGUUCUUGUGCACUGCGGAGGGCUUCCUCUGCAUGUUCGCCAUCAACAACACCAAAUCCUUCAAGGACAUACACGAAUACAGGGAGCAGAUCAAGCAGCUGAAGGACUCAGAUGACGUCCCCAUCGUCCUAGUAGGGAACAAGUGUGACCUGCCUGCACGCACUGUGGAGUCUCAGCAGGCACAGGACCUUGCCCGAAGCUACGGCAUCCCCUACAUAGAGACAUCGGCCAAGACGCGCCAGGGCAUUGAGGAUGCCUUCUACAUCCUGGUGCGUGAGAUCCGGCAGCACAAGGCGCGCAAACUGAGCCCACCGGAUAAGGGUGGCCCGGGCUGCAAGUGCCUGCUCUCCUGA